AUGUCAGAAAACACCACAACCUCGUUAAUUGUUGUCCUUGAAGGGUCAACCGACAUAGAAAAAGAUGGCAAAAUCAUUGUGUUUGGCUCAGGCGCCAAUCUGAACACAGUGCGUGGUCUUGCUGCAGAAAAGCUCGCCAUUUCCGGUACUAUACCCCUAGACGAUAUUUUCUUGAAAACACCAUCUGGAAAAUUACUCGAUGGUAUCGACGACGUCCGAAAUCAACAGGUCGUGCAUGUUAGCCUUCGAGAGCAUAUUACGGAUGUAAUUCCUGGACCUCGCAAGUUACCAUUUAUUGGUAGCGUUCGCGAACUUUUGCCUGACAUGACGCAAGGUUGGAUGAAAAUGUUCCGUCUUUAUGGCCCGCUGGUGAACAUCAACUUUAUGGGUACCGAGCUUUACGCUACCAACGAUCCAUCGAUUGCAGAACUUUUUGUGAAAGAGUCCGAAUACUUCACCAAGAAGAUUGGCUUGGGCUUGGAUGAAAUCAAAGCCUUUGGUGGUCAAGGCUUGUUUACAACUGAUACGGAUGACGAUGAUUGGAAACUGGCUCAUAAACUCCUUAUGCCUGCUUUCAGCCCUCGUGCUAUCAAGGCAUAUUUGCAUGAAAUGGGUGAAAUUACUAUGGAAACUAUCAACACACUAGAACAAUACACUUCCGACGAACCUGUCGAGAUCUUGGACUGGACGACAAGGUUGACCUUCGAAACGAUCGGACGAAUUGGUUUUGGUUACAACUUUGGACUUCUCGGAGCGCGCGAUGCGCCCCCACAUCCAUUCAUCGAAGCCAUGGCCUACUGUUUGGUCCAUUCCAUUACACGUACAAAGCAAAUGCAAUUCGUCAAGAAACUUCCACUCGAGCAGAAUAAGAAGUUUGACCGAUCCAUAAAACUUAUGAACGACAUUGUGGACCAAGUCAUCAAAGAACGCAAGGAGAGCUCUGAGGCUACCAACAAGGACAAGGACUUGCUUGGUUUUAUGUUGAACGCACGCGACGAACACAACCUUGGUUUAACAGAUGAAAAUAUUCGCUAUCAAGUUGUCACUUUCCUUAUUGCUGGCCAUGAUACCACUGCAAACACAUUGGCAUGGAUGCUCUUUGAGUUGGCCCGCAAUCCUGAGGUUGAACGCAAGAUGUUACAGGAAAUUGCAAACGUUGGCAUCACUCAUGACAAGAUACCGAAUUAUGAGCAAAUCAGCGAGCUCAAGUACAUGCACCAAGCGUUGAAGGAGACCCUACGCAAGUAUCCUCCUGUCCGUGUACUCGGCAAGUAUUGUAAGAAGGAUUGCAUUUUACCUGGUGGCUAUCGCUUGGAGGCCGGAUCCCGCAGCUCUGUACAAGUCUACUGCAUGCACCACAAUCCUGAAGUGUAUCCUGAACCUGAAAAGUUUGAACCGGAUCGAUUCACUCCUGAAGAAGAACAGAAACGCUCACGAUUCGCUUGGUUGCCCUUCAGUACUGGUCCCCGGUCCUGCAUUGGUAUGGCAUUUGCGCUGCAAGAAGCUAAAGUCGUUUUGGCUAUGCUUUUGCAUCGAUUCAAAUUCUUCUAUGAUGGUCCUGAUAUCAGCUUUGAUUCGGACAUGCCUACUACCAAGCCAAACAACUUCUUCGUCAAGGUCCAGCCACGUACUGAUUUCCCUGAGCCAUCUACUACACCAUUGAGCAGCACUACCGAAUCGUCUAAACCAAGCAAGCCCACUACCACAGCACCCAACCCUGAGAGCAUGAUUAAGCAUGUUGCAGCGCAAGCGCCUACUGCAGAGCUUCCCUCGGCAACCUUUUUGUUCGGUACACAAACUGGCACGGCCCAAGAUUAUGCUUCCCAGCUUGCGUCCCAAGCACGCGCGUUUGGUUUCAAAGAUGUUAAAUUACUAGAUAUGGAUGACUGGGAUGUACUCAAGGCUGGCAAGUACGAACCCAAAAAGAGCGGUCCACAGGAUUUGGUUGUCAUUAUCACUGCUACUUAUAACGGCCAGCCACCUGAUCAUGCUGAAAAAUUCGACAAGUUUAUCACUGCCAAGACAAGCGAACCCGGUCACGAAAAGCUAAUGCACAAGCUGAAAUAUGCUGUAUUCGGUGUCGGCAACAAGAAUUGGCGUACGUAUCAAGCAUUCCCCAGAAAGGUCAGCAGCUGCUUCGAAGAGUUUGGCGCUGAGCAGCUUUUCUUGACUGGCGAAGGCAAUGCAGAUAAGGAUAUCGAUGCGGAUUUCAAUGAAUGGUGUGCACACUUCUGGGUGAACGCAUUGAGUCAUUAUGGUCUUACCAUCCCCGAGAACCAGUCCAUGGUCCCAUCAGCCAGUGCUAGUGUCGAAAAAGAACCCAUUAAGGUCAUCUUUGUCAACCCAACUGACGAGGUCAAGUGGGGAGCAGCACAAGCCAACCGCAACGGUGACUACAAUGCCAAAAUUCUCCUGAACAAGGAAUUACAGCAACCUGGUUCAGGACGUAGCACCCGUCAUAUUGAGCUCGAUAUUUCAUCCUUGACACCCCUCUCUGAUGACGGCAACCUAUACGAGGCCGGCGAUCAUCUCGAAGUGAUGCCAGAAAACGACCCCAAGUUUGUCCAGGCUGUCGCACUCAACUUUGGAUGGGUGCUUGAUUCCGUGUUUGAAGUCGACCCCGAUUCGCUCAAGGAUGUUUCCCCCCGCUCACUUGCUGCGUCGAUCCGUGGUCCAUGCACGGUCAUCAAUGCAUUGACAUACUAUGCUGACUUGUCGUCGCCACCUACUCGCACAAUGCUGUCCAUCUUUGCCGAACAGCUCAGCAAGGCUUCUCCUGAAACGGCUAACACCUUCCGCCCAUUGAUCAUGCCCGAUAGCGCCGAGUAUCCUGCUUUUGUCGAAAAGAACCGUACCUUGCUGGAGCUUCAAAAGAACUAUCCACAGGUGAACCAGCUCGAGUUGGGUCAAUUCCUGUCAGCUGUAGGUGUGAUGCAGCCGCGCCGUUACUCAAUUGCUUCAUCGCCCCUGUCGCAUCCUACUCGUGCACAUCUCACAGUCGGCGUUGUCCAUGAUAUCCUCAAGGAUGGACGAGAAUUCUACGGUUUGGCGUCGUCCUACCUGGCUCGUAUGCCUUCGAAAAACCUUCGAGCUGCACUCAAGUCAUCCAAGAGCUCGUUCGGUUUGCCCACAGAUCCAAAGGUACCUAUCAUUAUGAUUGCAGCGGGUACAGGUCUGUCUCCAUUCCGAGGUUUCGUACAGGAGCGUGCGUAUCAAAAACAAGAGCAAGGCAAAGAAGUCGGUGCAAGCGUCCUGUUCUUUGGCUGUCGUCGAUCGGAUCAAGACUUUAUCUAUGCGGAUGAGCUGAAUGGCUAUGUGGAUAGCGGCGCACUAUCUUCGUUACACGUUUCAUUCUCGCGGCAAAACGAGCCAGUCAAGUAUGUUCAGCAUCAGCUUCUUACAAACGCAACUGAAGUCUGGCGUUUGCUAAACGGAUCCAACGGACAGCACCCACCUGCAUCAAUCUACGUGUGCGGUGCUGGCACAAUGAGCCGAGACGUGCGGCGAACAUUCUGCAACAUGGCCAGAAGCUUUGGCGAAGCUACUACGGAAGAAGAAGCCGAAGCAUUUAUCCAAACUCUUCUUGAUGAAGGCCGUUACAAUGAAGAUGUUUGGGGCUAA